AUGGUCCGAAACAUCGGUUCUCAUUACUAUCAGAUCAUCUACCCUGUCCAGUUACGCCAGCACAAGAAAAUGGGCAUUUCGACAAGGGAGAUAGGGUCGUCUAAGAGAGGUCAGGGCAGCGACAGCAGCACAUCAUCUUCUUCCUCUGGAUACUCUGGAAGAGGGCGUCCAACCAAAACCGGCAAGCACUUUCAUCGCACCUCGCUACUCAUCAAAGCUUUCAACCACAAGUUUCGACUGGAUCUCGAGCUUAACACGCAACUAAUAGCACCAAAUAUCGCGCAGAAACAUUAUUUACCAAACGGAGCAGAAUACGAAUCAAAACGGGAUAUAGAACAUUGUUACUACCACGGGACGGUGCAAGAUUAUCCUGGAGCCACCGCUGCGUUUCACACGUGUAAUGGAGUUAGUGGUGUCAUCCAUGUUGGCAACGAGACUUUUGUAAUUCAUCCUUUUUACGGAGGCGAUCUCUCGAAACAUCCACACGUGAUCUUCGAGGCUCGCACUAAAGCCAGCAAGGGAUGCGCCAACUCCGGUAGCAUGGAAUGGAGGGUAAAUACGCAUACGGGAUUUUUUCCGCACACCAUACGAGUCAAACGAGACGUCAGAGAUGCCAUUAAGUACAUUGAAACUGCCUUAGUGAUCGACAAAGCGAUGUUCGAUAAGAGAAACGGGAGCACCAGAAACGACGUAGUACACGAUUCCAUCCAAGUUGCGAAUAUAGCAGACCUUUAUUUUAGGACUUUAAAUACCAGGGUGUCUGUUGUUUAUGUAGAAACGUGGCAAGGUUCCAAUCAAGCUAAUAUUAACCCGAACGAGGAUAUCAGUAAAGCAUUGUCACAUUUCAACGAUUACUCUACAAGAAAACUCUUCAAAGUUGAUAAAGAUACGACGCAGUUACUUACUGGUGAAGUUUUCGUUGGUGGUGAAGCUGGAAUGGCUGUCCCAGCAACUGUCUGUACCAGCAAAUCGGUGGGAAUUAGCGUUGAUAUCAAUACCUAUGAGCCUCACUUGCUUGCUGGGACUAUGGCACACAUGAUUGGUCACAAUAUUGGAAUGGGUCAUGACGAUGGAAGAGAAGAAUGUUCGUGUAGAGACUGGCACGGUUGCAUUAUGGCCCAAUCUAUUGUUGGACAGGAUAAUGUCCAGCCUUACAAGUUCUCGGAGUGCAGUAAGGAGGAUUAUAUUGAUAGAUUAAGGACCGGGAAUGGAAUCUGCCUUAUGAAUAAACCAAACGAGCUUACGGAUCGCCGAACAUGCGGUAACCAAAUAGUAGAAGAAGGCGAAGACUGCGAUUGUGGCACCAUAGAAAACUGCCACAAAAACAAUCCUUGUUGCGACCCCAUCACUUGUAAGUUAACAAAAGAAGCCCAAUGUGCCGUUGGUGAAUGUUGCGAAGACUGCCAACUGAAAGAAAAAGGAGUAGUGUGUAGAGAAGCAAGUAACGAAUGUGAUUUACCAGAAGAAUGUUCAGGAUCUUCCGGAGAAUGUCCUGUCGAUGUUUAUAAAAAGAAUAGCAGUCCCUGCGAACAGGGUUUAGGACAAUGUUUUAAUGGGAUAUGUCCUACGUUGAGUGUGCAAUGCGAACAUAUUUGGGGACUAGGUGGAGUUGAAGCUGAUACCCAAUGUUUCGAACAGUUUAAUUCUAAAGGAUCGAUUAAUGGACACUGUGGAAGCGAGGGCAUUGGAAGGUAUAUUAAAUGUUCGCCAGAAAACGUAAAGUGCGGUUCUUUACAGUGUCAACUCGGCAACAGGUAUCCAGUAGUAGAAGGAUUGGACCAACCACAAGAUCAUUCUCGAACAAUAAUUUCUAUUAAAGGUCUGGAGUACGAGUGCAAGACAACGACUGGUCGCAAGGAUAAGAACGAUCCGAGAACAUCAGACUUAACAUUUCUGGGUCUAGUUAGAGAUGGAACGCCUUGUGGAGAAAACCUCAUAUGCCUUAAUCAAACUUGUACAAGUAUAUUUCCUUAUAUCAAGCAAGAAAAAUGUCCGUCUAACCAAGCCAGUGAUGAGUGUUCUGGACAUGGGUAUUGUACAAACGACAACAAGUGCUACUGCCACCCCGGAUGGGCCGGAACCGACUGCUCAAUACAAUUAGAACAAACACCAGCACCACCCCAAGCUACCUCUUCGCCCAACCUCGGUUCGAGCAAUCUUCAAGAUCAAAUGCAAAAAAAAGAAACCCCCUACGAGGACUAUCAUGGCUCAAACACGAUCUUUCUCGUAAGCACGCUCAUGUCGGUGGUAGGGGGUGUGUUCGUGGUAUUCGCUACUAUGGCCCUAUGCUACAGUCGGGCUGACUCGCAAAGAGUGCUGUUCCGUCCUUCCAAUCACAUGGGGGCUGCUGGAGCGGGGCAAUUCCAGGACCAUAAAAUGCAACAGAUAAAACGAAUAGGAGUAGGAUCUUCAAGUGGCGACGAGGAUCAGAUACAUUCAGGCGAAGAAGAAAAUCUCUCCUUUAUAGACCUCCAACACAACAAUCUCAAGCUGCCGGAGAAAAAAGGAAUCCUGAAGAAACACGACUACGGUUUAAUAAUGAUGGGCGACGGCAAAGAGAACUGGGUCAACAACGUCCAAAAUGACGACGUCUUGAGUCAAGUGGACCUAAACAUGGCUCAACUGUUGGGCGAAUCGGGUCCGACGGAUGUAGAAAGAACUUUAAAAACUUUAAAUGGGUAUCACGAAGAUAUUAUAAAAGCUUUAAGGAACGCCGCUACGUCGCAUCGAGGCUCUACCACGCCUAGCGGGAGUACGAGUGCCUUGAGCGAGGAGCUGCUUAGGAGAAGCUUAGCUCAAUGUGCGGAGAGCUAUUCGGAGUACAAGAGGAGCGGGAGUAAAGAAGACAUCUGUGAGCAACAGGUGGUCAUCGAACACGAGGAAGAAGAGGACGACGAAGUCCCCCCUUGUGGCCCGAUUCGCAUACGAAAUUUAGAAGAUCUUAUUAGACAACUCGAACAUCAUUCACGCCAUAUGAGUCCGAGUGGUUCAGAAGACAUUCGAAUGUCCGAAACAGAAGCGGAUCGCCAUUAUCGACAAGAGUCCUCCUCGGCUUGUAGUGAGAGUUCUCAUCAAUCCCAUAGAGAAUCACGUUUUGUUUACGGUCGUUACAGACAACCGUCAAACAGGUUGCCUUAUCCCCAUCCACAUAGUCAUCAUCAAGUCGAGGAGGAAAGCAUUUACGAAUCUGCAGACCACGAAAGAGGAGCACCUUGUGGAGACACCCCUGAUAGUGAAAGUGAUGAAUUUAUUCAAGCUCAGCAACAACUAGCCCGGUGGGCGAGUGAAGAUACGAUGGGGGGUCAGCCAGGCCCCAGCGGCGGUACCGCAGGCGUAGGCAGUGCCGUGCCACGAGAGUACUACCCAUCGCCGAGCAGUUCAACGAGCGAGGAGCCGCCGAGCAUCGCCCGAGCGCCGGUGCCGACUCCAGGUGCCCACGCCCCCCAUCCCGACCACGCGACCAUCCACAGGCCCAAGCGCUAUCCCGAAUACAAACACUGA